CCUCCCUCAUUCACCCACAGAAACAUCCUUCUCCUCUAUUUCUGCUAUGGGCUCACUCGGCAACAUCGAGAACAUGCCUCUGAGCUCCAGGAUCUCAACGGUGGUUCCGGCGACGCCACGGAGUGACCAAAACGGUGCGUACGAACUCCAGAACAUGGAUUUGCUCCUGAAGCUCCACUAUAUCAGAUCAGCCUACUUCUUCAGCAACGAUGCCGUCCAAGGUCUCUCUAACUACGACUUGAAGAAGGCCAUGUUCUCUCUGCUUGAUGCGUACUCCCAUGUAUCGGGUCGGAUCAGGAGAUCCGAUACCGGACGGCCGUUCAUCAAGUGCAACGACGCCGGUGUACGGGUCGCCGAGUCAUACUGUGACAAGACCCUCGCCGAAUGGAUCGCCGACGUCAGAUACUCCAUAGACGGCCUCGUUCAAGACCACGUCCUUGGCCCUGAUCUUGGCUUCUCUCCUCUUGUUUUCGUCCAGUUCACAAGGUUUCAAUGCGGAGGAUUGACCGUUGGCCUCAGCUGGCCACAUGUUCUCGGAGAUGCUUUCUCUGCUCUCAACUUCAUCAAUCUUUGGAGCAGGAUAAUGGCGGGUCACGUGCCUCCCAGGUCUCUUCCGGCGCCGACUCCUUUCAAACCCGAGCUUCCUCCUUCGGUCUCCGAUAAGCCGAUGUCGAUGAAAAAGUCCGUUGACGUCGGAGAACACUGGCUAGUUGCAGAUCACAGAAAAGUCGAAAACCACUCUUUCCGUGUCACCUCGAAACAACUCGAUCAUUUGGCAACAACAAUAAAUGCUUCUGCUCCUGCAUCGUAUUUUGAAAUUCUCUCCGCCAUCGUUUGGAAAUCCCUCUGUCACGUAAGGGGUGAUGCUUCUGGGUUAAAUGCGGUGACGAUCUGUACUAAUGGAUCUAUACGGAAAGAAGAUGAAUCGCCGAGAAAUGGGUUGGUGUUCAGCAAAGUGGAAGCCGAUUUUGCGGUGGAGAAAUCCGACGUGUCAGAAUUGGCCAUACUGAUUGGUGAGAAGAAGGUGGUGGAGAAUGAUAUCAUGGAAAAGAUGGUGGAAGAAGAUGAAGGAAAAGGGGAUUUCGUGGUUUACGGAGCGAACCUGACAUUUGUCGAUCUGGAAGGAGCUGAGUUUUAUAACGUGAAACUGAAUGGCCGGAAACCUGUUCUGGCGAACUGUACUUUUCACGGAGUGGGCGAUGAGGGUGUCGUCUCAGUGCUUCCGGCGCCAGAGGGAGAUGAUAGCGCUGAAGGCGGUGGGGGUAAUGGAAGAAUUAUCACCGUGGCUCUUCCGCCGAAAGAACUUGAACAGCUGAAGAAUAAGCUGGAAAGAGAAUGGGGUAUUGUUUGAAGAAUAAUACAAUAGAAGUGGUUAUAUUAUAAUGCAUAGUUUAUAAAAUGUGUGUUUAAUUAUAGUUUCACAGGCUGGUGAUGUUUGAGUUAUUCUUUGAGGAUAAUGAAUCCAUUGCAAGAUUUAACAUAGAUUGCAAUGUAUUCAUUAUCCCCAACGAUUAACUCAUUGGUAGGGGUACGUUAAUUUAUUGAAAACUAAUAAAAUUGAAUAGGAAUUAGGAAUAGUUGUGAGUUAUGCUUGAGAAAAAUUGAAAAGGAAGAUGCAUUUCCCAUGCGUGUGUAGCGGGCACUAGUUGUGGGUUUAAUGUCAUAUGGACUUCUGGGGCGAGCCACUGGGGGCACAUGUCAGGUGGUUUGGUUUGUUUGGUGGUUUAUACUUCAUAUAGAAUUGUCACGCUUCUAA